CUUGCCGCGGCCGAGAGUUCAUGGGAGAGAACGACGCGUUAGCUAUUCUAGACAGGACGUAGCUAGGCUAUUCUGCACGAAGAAUCGGAACGUUUCACAAUUCAUGAAGACAUAGCUAUUUGAUCUGCAUUUGGGAAAAAACGAAAACAUAAACACGGAGCCGCGGAUUUUAAAACCUAUAUUUUAGCCUACCUGUAUGGACUGCUAUUAUAUAACAGGAGCACAGCGUCAAUUCGGCGCUACCUUCAGUGAGUCAUUGAUAAACGCACUGGCAUUUCUUACAGCCAUCUGAAUGAGUGCUGUAGAGCAUUCGAUCAUUUACUAACGAAUAUACACGUUGGUUUUCGUGCAUUUAAAUUGCGCUAGCAGGACAAGCGAGAGUGACGUUAAUAGUCUUUCAGACGUUAUCUUCGGUUUUCAGAAUAAGACGAAUUCAUUUUUUCUGAUAUAUUUUUGUGAAUGGUUACGCUGUGAUUACUUAAAUGCGUUUGUCAUUGCUAUAAGGUGUAGAACCUCCAUGCUGUUCUGCAUUUGUUAAAUAGACUACACUAGACAGUUCAUUUUUAAGCCUUGUGUCAGGGUUUUCUCCCUAAUGCUAGAUAAGUUCAAACCCGUUCAUUUCGAUUCCGUAAUGGCGAUCAGCAAGACAGUGGACUGGCUGAAAGAACAGCUUCUGGCGCGCAGCAACAGCCUGCUAGUGAUGGACUGCCGAGCUCACGAGCUGUACGAAUCCUCGCAUGUUGAGACUGCGAUAAACGUGGCCAUUCCGAGCCUCAUGCUCCGGCGACUGAAGAAAGGCAACCUGCCCGUCAAAUCUCUUCUAGCCAACGGGGAGGACAGGGAGAAAUUUGCCAGAAGGUGCAAGACGGACACGAUCGUGCUUUACGACGAGUAUAGUCGGGAGUGGAACGAAAAUGUUGACGGGGGCUCGGUGCUGGGAUUGCUGCUCAGGCGGAUGAAAGACGAAGGUUACAAGGCUUUUUAUCUGGAAGGGGGCUUCAGCAAAUUUCAGACAGAGUUCCCUGCCCUGUGUGAGACGAAUUUGGACAGCGCUUCCAGCAACAGUUCCCCCACGGCGCAAGUCUUGGGGUUAGGGGGACUACGGAUAAGUUCCGACUCUUCAGACAUUGAAUCUGACAUCGAUCGUGACCCUAACAGCGCAACCGACUCGGACGGAAGUCCACUAUCAAAUCCUCAGCCUUCCUUCCCGGUGGAGAUCUUACCGCAUUUAUACCUGGGCUGCGCAAAAGACUCCACAAAUCUGGACGUUUUGGAAGAAUACGGCAUCAAGUACAUUCUGAACGUCACACCGAACCUGCCCAAUCUAUUUGAGAAUGCUGGGGAGUUUAAGUACAAGCAGAUCCCCAUCUCCGACCACUGGAGCCAGAAUCUCUCUCAGUUCUUCCCCGAAGCUAUUGGCUUUAUUGAUGAGGCUCGUGGUCAGAAGUGUGGAGUCCUGGUCCACUGUCUGGCCGGCAUAAGCCGGUCUGUUACUGUCACCGUGGCCUACCUCAUGCAGAAGCUCAACCUCUCCAUGAAUGAUGCCUACGACAUUGUCAAGAUGAAGAAGUCGAACAUCUCCCCCAACUUUAACUUCAUGGGCCAGCUCCUGGACUUUGAGCGGACUCUGGGCCUCAACAGUCCAUGUGACAACCGCAUGCCCCCCACCUCCACACAGCCCCUCUACUUUACCACUCCCACCAACCACAAUGUCUUUCAGCUGGACCCCCUGCAGUCAACGUGAGGCUCCCGCGAAAUCUGCUCCGACUCGGAGGGUGACCGCUCUUGAAAUAAUUUUUGUCUCCUGUUAAGAGGUCUUAAUGGGACUGUCACAGUUGAGGUCUUGGUGGGAUCGUCACAGUUGGAUAACGCUGACAGCUGUGUGGCAUAGUUUCUGAAGUGUGUGUGACCUGGCUAAUUCCCAGGCACAGUCGCUAACCUGGGAGAUAUUAUCGUACUCUCUAUCUCAUUUUCAAUGAGUCUGACUUUCUGAAUGUCAGAUGAUGCAAUCAAAAAUGGUAGUCGGUAGCAUUUGAACCCAUGGAUUGGGGUGCCAAAGAGAACUGGUUGGCUUAACUGGACAUAUUUCUAUGGACUUAGCACAUGUACCUACAGACUCUUGUUCAGCCUGGGUGCACAUUUUUUGUCUUCUGUGAAGACAUUCCUGUGCCUGGGGUCUCAGCAUCCCAGGUUAUGAGGGCACAGUAUUUGCCACUCCAUUUUAUUUGUGUGGAGUUGUUUGAAAUGUUUAUACAUAUGUAUAUGUUAGAUAUUAAAGACUCAAGGGUAAAGCCUUGCUCUAGUAAGAGUGCAAGCAAGUGGGUACUGAUGGUUUUUAAGUUCUACUCUAUGUAAACCUGCAUACUGAAUAUUGAUCUUUAUCAUCAUUUAAUAAGCCAAAAUAUAUAGGUUUUUCCAGAUUUUACUUGUGUAUAUGUUUAAUAUAUUUAAUAUAUUUUGACUUCUUGCUUAAUGUAUGAAUUCAAUCUAUAGCCCUUUCUUUUGCUUCUGCCCUCACCCCUCCACCCUGCCACAGAAAAGCUAGAAUCCCCUAAUUUUCAUGUCUUAGCUCUGUACAUACUAUCCAAAAAGUUAUCCUGCCACAUUUUAUCUGCAAGAAACCCCUCCUAGUUAAUCUACCACCUCUGCUCACAGACGGACAAGUCCACAAUAGAUAGUAAAGGUUAGUUGGUCAUGUCCUACUGUACUUUGGGGCUUUGGGAAGUGUGGUGGCUCGAGUUCAGGUUCAGAUUGUGCAUGUGACUGUAAUGGUGUGGGAAGGGGCUUUGCUGAAUACAGCUUUCUGCGACCCGGGGUGAUUCCUGGUCAGUUUAUUUUGACGAGGGACCUGGAAAGGUUAAUUCAUGUUAGAUCUUGGCAAAGAAUUGGGAAUGGUGUUUUCUUUGGAAACGCCGUCAUUCUGAGAAGGCAUUACCUCUUAAUCCUUUCAAGGAUGUUCUAUAAAAUGCAAUUUUUGUUGUCAGAGGUUGUUGUUGGAGUGAUGAACAGGGACUUGGGUGGGGUGAUUUUUGGUGAACAUGAGAAGGUUGACAGAGGGUCAGGGUUUCCAGCUGUAAUUUUACCUAUCCAAUGAAGUGGAGUUCAAGGCAUGGGAUUCUUCUAAAGAAUGUAAAGAGAAAAUUAAGUUAUUAAUAAAUUGCUAUUUUGUCUAUUCA